AAGAGGUCAGAAGAAAACAGUAGGAGGCAGGGGGAGCAGUCUCUGUCUCCGUCUCUGCCCUUUGAAAUAGAAGGGUAUUCCUUUCCUCCCUCAGUCCCCACCCAGUGAAGGCCCGGCCUGGGACAUUCUCCACUUCCCUUGGCUUCCCCUCUGGGAGCCCCUUUCACCACCCCUGCACCUUGCUUCGGGCGAUGCCCGAGAGGGAGCUGUGGCCAGCGGGGCCUGGCUCGGAACCUGUGACCCGCGUCAGCAGCUGCGACAGCAUGAUGAGUACCACCUCCACCCGCUCUGGAUCUAGUGACAGCAGCUACGAUUUCUUGUCCGCUGAAGAGAAGGAGUGUCUGCUCUUCCUGGAGGAAACCAUUGGCUCCCUGGACACUGAGGCUGACAGCGGACUGUCCACUGACGAGUCUGAGCAACCCGUGACUCCCCGAGGUCCUCGAGCACUGCCCACAGCCCAGCCUGCCCCCCAGGGACAUCCAGAGGAGACGACUGUUCGGCAAGGACCAGUGCCGAGGAGAGUGACUCUGUCCAGCUCAUCUCAUCCACCGGAGCCCCAAAGCCUGGGCCUCAGGUCUGGCUCCUACAGUCUCCCCAGAAACAUCCACAUCAGCCAAAACCAGAACCUCAGGAAAGGCACCACCCAGACUAACAGUUGCAUCCCGAGGGGAUCUAAGGGGCUUGUCCCAGGGCCUGAGAAAGAGCAGGUCAGCGAGAGCAGUGAGCCCCACCAGGCACCAGCCAGCCCCCAGGACCCUGCCCUUGAUCUGGACGGGCCACUCAUCCCCCCACCAGAAGCUUUCCGGGACACCCAGCCACAGCAGUGUGGGCAAGGCAGCCUGGCCAGAAGGCCAGGGGUGCUGAGCCACAAGCCCCAACUCCCCACCUCACUUGGGCCCCAGAAGAAAGGGGACACUGCUUCAGAGGCCAUGUCCCAAAAAGCCAAUGAGAAAGGCUCCACCAGGGGCCCAGGACAACCUCGGUCUCCUCCCCCCGUGUUCUCUCAGAAUGCGAGAGCUGAAGAUGCUCCCGUCCCAUCAUGGGGGGACCCAAAUACCCAACUGGCCCCCGUCACAGCCCCUAAGCCCCGGAAACUGCCGCCAAAUAUUGUUCUGAAGAGCAGCCGAAGCAGUUUCCACAGUGAUCCCCAGAACCGGCUGUCCCGCCACUCUGAGGCUGCUCCUGGAGACUCUGGGCCGGCCCCAUCGUCGCUGCAGGAGCAGAGGAAAGCACGCAGAGAAGCCCUGGAGAAGCUGGGGCUACCCCAGGACCAAGAUGAGCCCAGCCCUCACUUAAGUAGACCCUCUGUCAGACUCAAGGAGACUCGCGCUCCGGCCCCCUCCCCAGCUCCAGCUCAGGUCUCAGCAGCUAUGCCUGCAGCAGGAAAGGCUCUGGCUCCUGCUUCUACACAGGGGCCUUCUUCAGGGAAGGCACCGGUUCCAGCUCAGCAGUCUUCUCCAGGCAAGGUUUUGAUUCCUGCCCAGGAACCCACUUCAGGGAAAGUUCCAGCUGCCAAAUCCACGCCAAUUCCCAUCCCUAAGGCCCCACGGGCCAAUAGUCCCCUGACUCAGCGGAAGCCAGACUCAGGGCUGACUCUCCAGGAGAGCAGCAUCCCUGGCCUGAGACAGAUGAACUUCAAGUCCAACACGCUGGAGCGUUCAGGUGUGGGGCUGAGCAGCUACCUCUCAGCUGAGAAAGAGCCCAGCCCCCAAACCAGCGCCUCUCUGGGAAAAAGCUCCUUCUUAGACAGGAUCCCGCCCAAUGUCUUGCGCAAUUCCCGGCCCCGCCCUGCCUCCUUGGGCACCGGAAAGGACUUCGCGGGUAUCCAGGUGGGCAAGCUGGCUGAUCUGGAGCAGGAGCAGAGCUCCAAGCGCCUGUCUUACCAAGGACAGAGCCGUGACAAGCUGCCUCGACCCGCCUGUGUCAGUGUCAAGAUCUCCCCGAAAGGCGUGUCUGAUGAGCACAGAAGGGAGGCCCUGAAGAAGCUGGGGCUCUUGAAGGAGUAGGCGCUGGACACCCGCACCGCCACCCAACCCCCUCCCUCACCCGCUUGUGCAAGAAGAGACCCCGGGCUCCACUGAGCCUUCCUCCCCUCCUCACAGCUCAGGGGCUGGACAGGGAUCGGCUUCUUCCAACAUCCUGUUCCCUCUGAGGGAGCGAGUGGAGCAUACGUUUAUCUUCAGAGUGGUCGUGCCAACAUGUGCCUACACGAAUCGUCCUGAGGAUGGUUUCCACAGGCGGGUGUGUGUGUGUGUGUGUGUGUGUGUGUGUGUGUGUGUGUGUUAUAACCUGUAUAUAUCACUGAAGAUAUUUAUAUGACAAAGAAUCAUUGCUCAAUUCCGCUCACAUUGGAUCUUUUCUUACAUGGGGUAGGUAGAGUUCAGUCUAACCGGAACAGAGGGGUAGCCAUGCCUGUGAAAACAUGGCAAGUGACACAAUGGAGGCACCAGUGGCAUUAAGCAAAUGCAAGGUCAUGUGACCUGCGGGUCUCCGAGAAUCCCUGCAGUAGUGGAUGGAGACUGGUUCCUGCCUUGCUGGAUUCCCCGCUCAGUUCUGUCCUUCAGGACAGGGCCCUGGGGCCCAGAAGUGUUGCUUCCUCCUCCUUGUCUCUAGUCCCAAGGAUCAGACACAUCCUUGUACCUGAAAACUCUUGGUUGAGUGAUACCAGGAGAGUUCUCGUUGGUCCGAGAAGGCAGGAGAAGUGUCCACAUGGCACACCUCCACCCGAGAGAGCCUCAUCCUUGGGCUUCUUAAAUUCAGUAAUAAACUAUGGUGGUCCCUGA